CCAAGACUCCCCCUAAAGAGAGGCUGGUCACCUGCCUAACCAAGACUCAAGAUCAAGCGGGUCAUUUAUCUCGUGCUUUGUAAUUUGACUCCAUAUAAGAAACCAUCUUUUCCCCCUCAAAGUCAGUUUCUCUUGCGGACUAUGGCGGAUUACAGCGGCAAAUGGAUCAAGACUUCAUAUCCAUCCAAGGGGGUCCUGCUUGUCUCCUUGUCCAAACCUCCAGUUAACUCGUUCGAUGAGCCGCUGUGGCAAGAACUGGGGAAUACCAUUGACAGGAUAAGCAAAGACGGCGAGAUUCAUGCUGUGGUCCUUGCGUCAUCUGUCCCAAAGGCUUUCAGUGCUGGUCUUGAUCUGAAGGAAGCCGUCGACAGUUUAGCGCCAAAAUAUGAAGACCCUGCGCGUCAAGCGAUAUUUCUUCGCGAUCACGUCACUCCCGUCAUAGCCGCACUACAUGGCAUCACAUUCGGAUUAGCGAUCGACAUUUCAAGUGCGUGCGAUAUCCGCUAUGCGGCUGCCGACACUCUAUUCUCAAUCAAGGAAGUGGACGUUGGUCUUGCUGCUGAUAUCGGUUCGCUGGCUCGACUGCCUAAAAUUACGGGAAAUGAGAGUCUGCUGCGAGAGCUUGCAUUUACGGCGAGACCAUUCAGCGCUGAAGAGGCGUUGAAGCUUGGUCUUGUGAGCAAAGUUGUACCAGGCAGCAGAAACGAAGUCUUGUCCCCCAUAGCGACUGUGGGCACCAAACACAUACUCCUCCACUCUCGGGAUCACAGUGUGCGAGAGAAUCUCGAUUAUGUAGCCACCUGGAACCAGGCAAUGCUCCAAAGCGAUGACUUCAAGGAUUCUAUUUCUUCAUUCGCAUCGAAGAAAGCCCCUGUAUUCAAGCCCCUUCCCAAGCUAUGAAUUCAAACGAGGGUCGCCGAUGUAUCGAUCUGCUUUGUAUCUCCCACAAAUCCAGAUUAUGAACAUGCCUAGCGGUCUCUUUCUGGUCUGGUCCGUAGCAGAAUGAAAUUGUCGUCCCUUAUGGCAAAAUGACACGACAGGCUGUGGCUUUGUGUGAACAAGGACAAAGACUUUUGUUUGUGGACCUUGAGCUUCAGGC